AAUUUCUUAUGGUUGGUGUAAAUUUUGUGAAUCAGAACAUAUGCGUUUAUCUUUUAAGAAAUGGAAAAGUGGAAAUAAAUUUAUAGAUUUAUUAAUUCAACGUACACAAUUAAAUGCAUUACAUGCUUAUGAUUAUUUGGAAUUUAUAAAUUUUGAUAAUAUUGAAAUAAACGAAUGUAUUUCAAGAGGUGGAUUUAGUAGUGUAUAUAAAGGAUAUUGGUUAGAUGGACCUAGAUGGCUUUGGGAUGACAUAGAAGAUUCUUGGAAUCGAAAUGGUCCAAUACAACUUGAAACAUAUCUUCAUUGUCUUCACAGUGGUUCGAUGGCUGAUUGUUUUGGAAUAACAAGAGAUGAAACUGGAUGUUUUAUGUUUGUUAUGAGAUAUUAUGAAAAUGGGAAUCUUUAUGAAUAUCUUGAUAAUAACGGAGGAAUAAUUGGUUGGAGAGAUAUAACUGAUAUUCUUUGGGGAAUAGCAGCUACAGGUCGUAAACCAUAUUAUAAUCGACCACAUAAUCAACAAUUAGCUUAUGAAAUUUGUUAUAAAAAUUUAAGACCUGAAAUAAGUGAAGAACUUAAAUCAGAAAUGCCAGAAGAAUAUUAUAAUUUAAUGAUACAAUGUUGGGAUUCAUUACCAGAAAAUCGUCCAACUGCAAAUCAAUUAAAUAAAUUAUUAGGUGAUUGGAUUACUGCAAUUUGUGAUGAUCCUAACCCUUCACAAAUUUCUGAUAGUUUUGGUAUAGCUGAAGAGAAAAGAUGGGAAUCAAUUACAAAAGAAAUUGAAAAUAAAAAGUUAUCUACUUAUUCUAUUCAUAAAGAUGCAAUAUAUUUUAGUC